AUGGAGCUCUUACAGGCCGAUACGUCCCAGUCGCCGCCGCAACAGCCGCGGGUCACCAAACAGGCUGCAUGCGUCCUGUGCCACAGUAAGAAGUUGAAAUGUAAUCGCGCGCCGGGCCAGAUACGGUGCGAGCGGUGCACGCAGUUCCGGACGGAGUGUGUUAUCCCAAACCAUCCGCUGGGUAGGCAGAAAGGAGUUAAAAACAAGCGGAAAGGAGUGGACAAGGCUCUACAUCAAAUUGAGCAGGCAAUCAAGAAAUCUAAAAAUGCACCAGUGGACGACGCAGAUGGUGGCGAUCCUGUGAAAGUCAUCUCGCAUUUACAAGACUUACUCGACAAAGCGCAAAGACAGCUCGCUAAUCGGAAACAAAUUGUUCAGCCCGAUUCUUCUAGAAGUGAUGCAAUAUCCGGUCUGUCUCAGUCUCAGCAACCCUUCGCCGCGAGACUCCGCACGGAUGACGGUCUCUCACUGGAUGAUGCUGAGAAUCCUCUGCAGUUACUUGCUCGCGCUUCGGAUUUGCAAUUGAUACCGCCUGCGAUUGCACAACAUCAUGCAUCGAAUUCACCGAAUUCAUUGUCCUCACCCGGAACUGUGUAUAUGAGCCAUUCCGUGCGGGCCAUUGACUCGUUCUUUGUACCGAUCAAGGCGAGUCUAGAUGUUGGACCGGAAUUGGACCCUGUAGAUCUUGGCCUAAUCACUUUUGAAGACGCCAAUAAUCUAUUUGCUUUUUUCUAUGAUCACCUAUCACAUACCCGUUGGGGCUUCGACCCCGCUAUUCACACGGUAUCAUUUGUUCGAGCACAAUCAUCGUUCUUAUUUACAUCCAUCUUGGCUGCCUCGGCUUCGUUUCUGCCAUCUACAGAAGCUCUUUCGAGGCGACUUUCGUCCCACGUUAAGGUCUUAGCACAGAACGUUAUUGCACGCCGUCAUAGGUCUGUUGAGAUUGUUCUCGCAUUCAUGGCAAAUGUCCCCUGGAUGGCUCCGGGCAGAAUACUCGGGGAUGAUGAUACCUGCUUGUACAUUUCUAUGGCACUAAGCAUUGCCCUUGAUCUGUCGUUGAAUAAAGUAGCAACGUUGCUACAAACAACAACCGGAGGCCAGUUCGCGAGAGCCGAUUGUAUUGAUGCUCGAAGAGCUCUUUCAAUGGAUGGGUUUGAAGACGUGGUGGCUAGUUCAGAGUACGGCCGGAGGUUGCUUCGUCGAAGAGAACGAACUUGGAUUGCUUUAUUUGUCGUGGAGAGGGGUGUAUGUUUGGCUCGCGGACGAAGCUAUUCAGUACCUGUUACGGCGCUUCUAGAAAAUUGCGACAAGUGGCAUUUAGCGGACAGAGAUAUAGCAGAUCCACGAGACGGGCAAAUGAAUUCUAUGGCCAUUCUACGGAGGGAUCUUGAUGAGCUUCUUCGCAAGGUACGACGUGCAUGCGACGACUAUCGCAAAACAGACAAUGGAAUUAACAUUGCUCGCUCAAUCGAAUCGAUGAUCGAAAGCUUCUAUGAUUCGUGGUUUGCCAUCUGGGCUCUAUCUAUCAGCGAAGGUGACUCACAAUCACUACCGCCAUAUGUCGAGAUCCUAGUCACACAUACACGACUAUCGACAUACAGCAGUGUCAUGAACCACCCAACAGCCCCGACCGAAGUUCGGUCGUUCUUCCGCUCGGAAGCGUUAUCAUCGGCACUCAACGUCAUGCGCACAGCUAUUCAGGGAGAGUCGCGACUAAAAUCUAUGCCGAAUAAUACUGUGAUUAUGAUCGCCUUUGCUGCUUGUUCGGCUCUGAGUCUCGGCUUGGCAACAACCAACCAGGAUGAGAAUCGACUUGCGCCGAGUGUUUUGAAUCUUAUUACAGAAACGGCCGACGUCCUAGAAAGGAUAGGAGCUACUCCACGCCACCGUAAUGGAGCUUCAGUUCUAUAUGGGAGAUUUCUACACGAACUUGUCGCCCGUGCCCGAGGUCAACCUGAUAGUUAUCACACGCCACAGCAACAACAACAACCAUCGUCCUUACAAUCUUACCAUACAUCUGGAAAUUACAGCCCCAACGACUCCCGCUCAUUUGCACAAGGGUAUAUACCACACCAUCAUCCGCCAAACAUUUCACCUUCAACUCAGCAAAUGGGAUAUCCUCUUGGUCAACCGCUACCAUUCUCUUCCAUGUCAGGAGAUCAAAUCGUCGACGCUGUGAAUAGCGUCUCGUUACCGAUGGGAGAUGCUGCCACUAUGCUACCGGAUUAUCAAAGCUUUCCACUAAAUGAGAUGAUGCUCUGGGAAUGGUUUGAUAAUUCGAAUGCAGCCGAUUUGAAUUUCAUGUGA